UCCGGCCCGCGGGCGCGGCCAGGGCGGGGCGCUCGGCGUGUCCCUCCGCGGGUGUGUCCCUCUGCCCGUGCGGCCCGACACAGCGAGGCGGGAGUGGGCUCCAGACCGCGGUGGUCCUAAGGCGGCCAGUGGGACAGCCUAGAGAAGAGGACCCUGGGGUGCUGGCAUCCAGUUCUGAGCAGGUGUUGGAAGUCCACUAAGAGGACCAGAGAGGAGACGCCCAGACGGCCUCUGGGUGACCACAGCAUCCCUCCGUGGUCUCUGCUGCACCUUCUGAGACACAAGUGCCACCAAGAUGUCUAACCCAUUUCUGAAACAAGUGUUCAACAAGGACAAAACAUUCCGGCCCAAGCGCAAGUUCGAGCCUGGAACACAGCGCUUUGAGCUCCACAAGCGCGCACAGGCGUCGCUGAAUGCAGGACUGGACCUGCGGCUGGCGGUGCAGCUGCCACUAGGUGAGGACCUCAACGACUGGGUGGCUGUGCAUGUGGUGGACUUCUUCAACCGUGUCAACCUCAUCUAUGGUACCAUCAGUGAUGGCUGCACUGAGCAGUCGUGCCCAGUUAUGUCCGGGGGCCCCAAGUAUGAGUACCGCUGGCAGGACGAGCAGCGCUUCCGGAAGCCCACGGCGCUCUCUGCACCCCGCUACAUGGACCUGCUUAUGGACUGGAUUGAGGUUCAGAUCAACAACGAGGACAUCUUCCCCACCAACGUCGGCACACCAUUCCCCAAGAACUUCCUGCAGGCGGUGCGUAAGAUCCUGUCCCGGCUGUUCCGCGUGUUCGUGCACGUGUACAUCCACCACUUCGACCGCAUAGCGCAGAUGGGCUCUGAGGCGCACGUCAACACCUGCUACAAGCACUUCUACUACUUCGUCACUGAGUUCAACCUCAUUGACCCCAAGGAGCUGGAGCCCCUGAAGGAGAUGACCUCACGGAUGUGCCACUGAGGCCACCUGGCCGCCAAGACUCAGGGAGAAAGCUUGGGAGCCCCUGUCAGCUUUGUUCAGCCUGGGUCUCAGGAGCAGCGUCACCCCGAAUGCCGCUAUCAGAGGAACAGAGGGACUCUGGCUCCUCCCUCCAUCUCUGACCUGUGCUGGACUUGAAAUCUGUAAUACUGUAUCCUCUCAGCCUCCGGGUUCAUACCGUGUCUGUGCCACAGCCUCUGGCAGGAGGCAGGAUCUGGAGCCAUUGCCAAUUACCCCCUUGUCCAGUCUCCAUGCCUAUCCAGCCUUGCCCCAUGGCCUUAGUAUGUGUGGCCACAGCUCUGUCCCCUUCUUCCUAGCCUGGAAGGAGAGGUGGCGUGCGGUCUCCUCUGCAGAGCCACUCUGUGUGGUGACCACAUGGACGCCCAGCUGCCACACAUUUAAAGAUGUAAUAGUACGCAUGUCCUCCACUGCCCAGCUCUGCCCUCUGCUUGUGCUUCUGGACAUCACGCAUUGCCAGAUCUCUCCA